AUGCCCCCAAAGAAACGAACGGCUCCGAAAAGGAAGCAAGCGGCAGCCAUCGUGCCUUCAACAACAUUCGCGACAUCCUCGGAAUUUCCACCAGGCUAUGGCAAUAUCGAAAUACUAUCAAGUGAUAAUAUCAUUAUCUCCUUUCACUGCAACUCUUUGACGCGCGUGUCGCCCGUGUUCAAGGAAAUGCUCUCAACGCAAGACCUGAACAAUGUCGAGAGCGGAACUCCACUCGUUUUAGAGGAAACCGCGGCCACCAUUGAGCACUUCCUAUCGCACAUUGAGCCGACCAAAGUGUCUCAGUCAUUGGAAGUGAAGUCAUUCAUGCCGUUCCUCGAAACCGCCGCGAAAUAUCAAGCCUCCAGAAUAAUAGCCAAAGUCGAAAAGAUGGCGACAACCAAAGGUGGACCAUUAGAAUACCUCGCUUUAGUGGCUCCAAUGCUUCUUCUAAGUGCCGCUGAGAAAUUCCGCUUGCCCAACCUAGGGGCAUUUGCCAUGAGCCGGGUGCUCCAGGCAGCGAAAGAAAAGGUUUUUACAAGCAAAUAUCCUAUUAGCGCUAUGACGUAUGUACAAAUCAUGGAAGGGCGUGCAGAAAGAGCCACAUGGUUGCUGAACAAGGUCAUCGAAACUAUGCAGGACCGGUUCCUAUUUGAGGCAGAUCUACCUACCUCUGAAGCAGAAGACUUUUAUUAUUACCACCAACCUAUAAAGAAACGCAAGCCAAAGGAUCCGGAACAUACUCGGCAUUGUGAAGAAUGUACGGAGAAGAUUUUGAGAGGCCUUAUUUACAUUGGGCCUCAUGUUCAUACCGAACCGAACUGGGGGUCCUUGCUUUUCGACCUGGCUUGGUAUCUGGGACAGGCGCAGUGCAAGGACUGUGGUUCAGGCUUAAGGCAAGAUAUAAAACAGGAGAUCUCCAGACUUGAUGACUCACGACCUCUCCACAAGACUAGCCUUUCAGCAUUCACUGCCUUACGGGCGGAAGUACUUGCUUUGGAAUCUUUACCAGUUUAUGUCCGCUCUCUAACCUCUGUAGAGUAA